UCUCUUCUCUCUCUCUCUCUUCUGCGUCGAGCUUCUCCCUCACCUCACCGAUGAGAUGACACCAUAACGCAAAGAGGAGAGAGAGAGAGAGAGAGAGGGGUGGUGGGGCUCGGCUGAUCCCAGAUGAUAUGCGCACUGUUAAAUCGUGAGCUCGGGCUUGCGCUCAGGAGGGUCCUCGGGCUUCUCGACCGGUCGCUGGGCAUCGCCAUGGGCUGCUUCCUCGCCUGCUUGCGCGCCAACGGCGGUGGCGGCGAUCGGCGCCGCCAUCCCGCUCAGCCGGCCCGACCCAAGAAAGCUGCGGAGGCGUUGGGGUCUCGGAAUCGGCUGGCGUCGUUGUUUCUGGAUGAAGAUAGAGAAGACAUUCGAGGGGAGGAUCUGGAAAAUCGCGCUUUUGGAAGCCCGCACAUCAGCAAGGAUGUCAAAGAUGAGGCUAAGUUCCUUAAAGCUUGUGGAACCAUACCUGAGACUCCUGCAGAAAUUCGGAAAGCAACAGACAAGUUCAUGUUUUCACCGCCGAAUCAUGGAGAUUCAGAAAGUUCGGAGUUCCACUCAUGGCUUCCUCAUACAUCUAUCAGGAAACUUCAGCUGACUAAGCCUACUGAAGUUUCCCCAACACCUGUCAAACAUUUCGUAGAUUCUGGAAGCGAUUCUGCUUCCCAAGAGCAUGCACCUACAAGCUGUAAAUCAAACGUUGAGAGCACUUUUAGCAUCCCUCUGAACUCUACUGAAGGCAGUAGCGAAGAGAAUACAAAUAUGGCAACCGAGAUUCUAGCUGUAGAGAACAGCAGUAUUUCAACUCCAAUCACACCUUGGCCUUCCACCUCACACACUCAGUAUAGGAGCAAGUCGGUUCAUUUUGAUCCUGAUGCGGAUAUUUGUUCACUUAGAAGUUCGUUUACCAAAGAUGCAAGCCACAGUAUCAAAGAUUCUGAAUUACUGGGUAAUCAGAGUACAGUGAAGCCUUCACCUUAUCCAACCCCUCUCAAGCUAUCUGAUGAGAUGCAGACACCUGGAACUGUUUUCCCGGCAAACAUGGAAAAUUUACCAUAUGGAAAGCCAAGGAUCAGGUCCGAAUAUAUUUAUUCAGUUCCAAAUUCCUACCAGAACAACAUGCAGUUGAAGGGUUUUAAGGAGGAAGAUGCUGAUAAUCAUCGACCUUUGGGCCAGCUAAAUGAAUCACUUGCACAGCCUGUAAAUGAAACAUUGAACAGGGGAACACGGCUGGACAAGACUCCUUUGGGACAGGGUUUUGAGGGUGAAACAACCUUGUCAGCUUGGCUGAAGCCGCCUCUUCAGAUGGAAAAUGACGGCAGCAAAUUUGGCUCUGUAUCUUACAGGAAAACUCGUCAUAGUAGAAGUCCCACAGAUAGACCAAUCAUUGGGCUUGUUGCUGCACAUUGGAAGGAAGAUGAACAGUCUCAUGUCCCACAAAAGUGGUGGGAUGGGAACGGAAUUCCUAAUUCGACUAACAAGUAUAAGGAGGAUCAGAAAGUAAGUUGGCACGCAACACCAUUUGAGGAGAGGUUGGAAAAGGCUUUAUCUGAGGAAACUUUUGUCUCUGUGAGGAAGAAUCUUAGUGGAGCAUCAGUACCUGUUGAGGAUGCAGAUGGUGACACAGCCGUUUCUCAGUUGCGAUCUCCUGCCUAUAUAAAGCCAGUUGCAUCCUGCAAAUGAGUGCAAUACUGCAUUUGCGCUCAUUGUUUGCCCAAUAAGCUUUCUUUUCUGGCUGAACUCCUUGAAGAGGCACAUUGUCCACAGCCUCUCCUCUGUGAAGCAAGUGAAGGGUCAAGAUCCCUGUUGGCAGCAUGAUAUAGCUGCUUCCAGUACAUAGAGACAGGAAUUUUUGUAUAUUGCUGACUUCUCAGUCCUUUUGUCCGAAUUUGCUCCGAUUUAUUUUUAGUUUGCUAGUCUCAUGGAAUGGAAGUACUGUCCCAUGCAAUUAGAAAGGUUUCUCUGGUGCAUCUUGAAAGUUUUAUCACGCAUGGUGACUACUGUGUGAAUUUGCAGACCAGCAGAUGGUGUUGUUGUGCCUGAACCAGCUAAACUUACGGAUUUUAGCCUCCUGAAUAUAAUCUCAGAAACCUUCCCCAUGGAAUGAGAAAGGACUGAGCAUCUUUGGCCGAAA